AUGAAGUUACUAGGAUUGGCAUUAGUUGCAGUUCUGGCACUUGCCACUAUUCAGACAAGCGAAGCCUUCAGUUUAUUUGGGUGGCAUAAAGCAAAACACGUAGCAGCACCACUAGCUGAUGAAGCUGGGCCUUCUCCACCUUCUGACUUACCAACUCCACCGUCACCACCAUCUGGCGCACCCAUUAAUGUAGUGAAGGAUCAGCCUUCUCCACCAUCUGACUUACCAACUCCGCCGUCGCCACCAUCUGGCGCUCCCAUCAAUGUAGUUAAGGACCAGCCUACUCCACCAUCUGACUUACCAACUCCGCCGUCGCCACCAUCUGGCGCACCCAUUAAUGUAGUGAAGGACCAGCCUUCUCCACCAUCUGACUUGCCAACUCCACCAUCACCACCAUCUGGCGCUCCCAUCAAUGUAGUAAAGGACCAGCCUUCUCCUCCCUCUGACUUACCAACUCCACCAUCACCACCCUCUGGCGCUCCCAUAAAUGUAGUAAAGGACCAGCCUUCUCCACCCUCUGACUUACCAACACCACCAUCCCCACCAUCUGGUGCACCCAUUAAUGUAGUGAAGGACCAGCCUUCCCCACCAUCUGACUUACCAACUCCACCAUCACCACCAUGUGGCGCCCCUAUCAAUGCAGUGAAGGACCAGCCUUCUCCACCAUCUGACUUACCAACACCACCAUCCCCACCAUCUGGUGCACCCAUUAAUGUAGUGAAGGACCAGCCUUCUCCACCAUCUGACUUACCAACUCCACCAUCACCACUAUCUGGCGCCCCCGUCAAUGUAGUGAAGGACCAGCCUUCUCCACCAUCUGACUUACCAACUCCACCAUCACCACCAUCUGGCGCUCCCAUCAAUGUAGUGAAGGACCAGCCUUCUCCACCAUCCGAUGGACCAUCUCCACCAUCACCACCACCAACUGCUUAUAUUUUCUAA